AUGAGCCGGCUAGCAGCGGGUGUGCUACAGGCGCUACAAGGCCGCCAGAAAAAGAAUCACAGUCACACAGCGGGCUACGUCGCAGCCACGCCGCCGCCCUCGCAGCACUCGCAGCACGCGCAGCACGCGCUCGCUGCGGCCGGCUACGGCGCUGCGGCGGUCGCGGGGUACGCGCCGCUGCCCACGGGCGGGUACGACGUGGGGGGAGGCGGGUACGGGGGCGUGGCGCCGGCCGGGUAUGGCCACGGGUACUGCCACGGGUACAGCCACGCUGGCGCACCCGGCGCUGGGUGGUAG